AUGGCGCAGAAUAACAACGAUGGACACAACCACCGCCAAGUGCAGGAUUGUACCGCACCACCACAUUCACCGCAACCCAGCCAAGAUGAGAUUUUACCUCCUCUGCCGGGCUCCAUGUUUCUCUCGCCACUCGAUAUCUUUCUUCUCUCUCAACUCGACGAUCCUUCUUCCUCUUCAACAAACCACAUCAGCAAUAAUCCGGAGGAUCAUCCGGAUUUUAUUGGACCGAGAAAUUCGGUCUAUCCUCCACUUGAACCUUUUGAACCGUACCCUCCCCAACAUCAUCAGCCCGAGUCUUUUGACUUGGGCAAUCUCCCCGAUCCUCAACUUGGAUCGCCUGGAAUGACAGGCACCAUGGAGGAGAAUGACCCUGAAGUGCAGGUCGAAACAGACUCGGGCGAUACCGAGAUGGUGGACGCCACCUCGGCUGGUGACGUUGCCGAUGGCAACGGCAACGACGCCGAAGAGGUGGUGCCAACCAUUCUCGUUGGCAAGGACGGCCCGAACGUCACCAUUUGGUCGACGUUCACCGGUGGCCAGGUGACAGGGUUUGGCCGGUACGAGCACGGGCUGCGGAGGCCCUGGAGCUGCCUCAUGUGCGACAACUUUGUCGCCAUGGAGAAAGGCAAGCUCCAGGCCCAUCUCCGCGAGCGCCACGGCUUGACCGGCCUAAGGGUCAUGAAAGUUGAGAAUGAAAAUUUCUCAAACUUUCAGGGCCACGACGACCAGGAUUGCUUCGUGUGGGGGGAGUAUGUGAGAGGCGACCCUCUCCCGUGGAAGUGCCUUUUGUGCACAGACCACAAGGGCAUCAAGACCGGGAAAGGGGCGUUCCCACGUCACUUCCAAAAGACCCACGGCAUCCGGGUCGUCUUACCGCCAGUCACGCCCGAGGAGUUGAGACGGCACAACGACAAGAGGGCCGCUGCCGCUGCCGCUGCCAGCCCGUAA